GAGAGCAGAGGUGACAGCUGGAUCUCCCUCUCUGGCUCUGCCUGCUCUGCUGAUUUAUAACGCCCUGCUCAGGGGCGGACAGGCAAAGAAACUCAGUGGCUGUGGGCCCCUGCCUUGCUCUGCCCUGCUGUAGAACCCUGCAGGGGGGAGUUGUCCUGAGGUCCAUGCAGAACUGUAAAUAGCCAACUUCACCCGCAUUUCGAGGGUAAACGCUGGAAGGGAAAGGGCAGGAGAAAAAGAGAGCCACAGGUCUAUACAUCCAGCCCGCCGGGAGAAGCCCAUUCCAUGCUGCAGCCAUGGAUGUCGAUGCAGCCCUCACCGUGGCCUUACUCCUGGCCUGCCUUUCCUUCUUGGCUUUGUACCUGAAAGGGAGCAGGAAAAAGAAGGGGAAGCUGCCCCCUGGCCCAGCACCCCUGCCUUUCGUUGGCAACCUCUUCCAGUUGGACCCCAAAGAAAUGCACCGAUCGCUGGAAAAGCUCAGCAAGAGGUAUGGGCCUGUCUAUACCAUCCACUUGGGGUCACUGCCUUGCGUGGUCCUCUGUGGCUACCAAGCUGUGAAGGAGGCCUUGAUAGACCAGGCUGAUGAUUUCAGCGACCGUGGAGACUUCCCCGUGUUCUAUCGCUUCACCAAAGGCAAUGGCAUCGCGUUCUCCAGCGGGGAGAAGUGGAAGGUCCUGCGCCGUUUUGCACUGCAAACACUGAAGAACUUUGGAAUGGGAAAAAGAAGCAUUGAGGUCCGGAUCCAAGAGGAAGCCCAGUGCCUGGUCCAGGAGUUCCGGAAAACUGGCGGGGCUCCUUUCAACCCCAUCAAUCUUGUGUGUCGGGCUGUCUCCAACGUCAUCUGCGCAGUGGUCUUUGGCCGCCGCUUUGACUAUGAAGAUGUCGCCUUCCUCACCCUCCUGGACCACUUCAAUGAGAACUUCAAGCUCAUGAGCUCCAGCUGGGGGGAGCUCUACAACAUCUUCCCUCGGCUCAUGGACAUCCUGCCUGGGCCUCAUCACCAAAUCUUCCGUAACUUUGAGAAACUGCGGCAGUUUAUCGCUGAGCGCAUUCGGUGGCAUCAGAAAGAUCUGGACCCUGAUGCACCGCGGGAUUUCAUUGACUGCUUUCUCAUCCGCAUGGAGCAGGAGAAGCAAGACCCACUGAGCCAUUUCCACACGGAGACGCUAGUGAUGACCACGCACAAUCUGUUCUUCGGGGGCACCGAGACCACCAGCACCACCAUCCGCUUCAGCUUCCUGAUCCUCAUGAAGUACCCAGAAGUGGCAGCUAAAGUCCACCAGGAGAUCGACCGAGUGAUUGGGUCUGACCGCGCUCCCUGCCUGGCUGACCGCAAAUUCAUGCCGUACACAGAUGCCGUCCUCUAUGAGAUCCAGCGCUUCAUCACCAUCUUACCGAUGGGGCUGCCUCGUGCCGUGACCCGGGACACCCCUUUCAGGGACUUCCUGCUCCCUAAGGGCACCAACGUGAUCCCUUUGCUGAAUUCGGUGCACCAAGAUCCAGCCCAGUUCAAGGACCCAACUUCCUUCAACCCAGCCAACUUCCUGGAUGAAAACAAUUCCUUCAGAAGCAACGAUGCCUUCAUGCCUUUUGCCCCAGGGAAGCGGAUCUGCCUGGGUGCCGGCCUGGCCCGAAUGGAGAUCUUCCUCUUCCUCACCACCAUCCUCCAACACUUCACCCUCCAGCCUCUGGUCGCCCCUACAGAGAUUGACUUGACGCCGCAGUGCACUGGCUUGGGCAAUGUGCCCCGUCUGUUUGAGUUCAGGCUUCUCCCUCGCUAGCUCUGGAAGGGCCACGGGGGCCCCACGCCGGCUCGCUUGGCUGCUGGGGGCCCUCAGGCCUUCCUUCAGCUGGGACAGGAGCCAAGAGACAUGAGGCAGAAGGGUUCACAGUCACUCUGACAAAAAAGCUGGGUCUGCUUAUUAAAACAUGUCCAAAAUUCUGCACCUUGGACAUAUUAUUAAAAUAUGUUCAUGAUC